AUGUCAACGCUUCCUUCGUUACCAAAAAGACUACUUCAAGUCUCCUGUGCCAUGGCAUGGUGUCUCGUGGCAGCAGGCCCCGUGUUUGGGUUCGCGGCCUUGAAACCAAUCUUGAUCCAACAAGGAAUCUAUAAAGAUAAAUGUGAUGUGACUACCAUCACAGGGGACGAUGUCAAGGGUGGAGUCUUAUGCACUAACCAGGACCUUGCCUUAAACGGGUUGUUUACAGUGGCUUGUAUGGUCACUAAUAUCUGUGCUUUGCCUGUUGGUUCAGUGCUUGACAAAUUUGGACCUCGGGUCACGGGGAUAAUUGGAGCCUUUAUCAUCUUCUUGGGGUCUUUGAUCUUAAGAUGGAACACUACGGCGGUCGACACUUAUAUGUUUGGCUACACAAUGUUAGCCUUAGGAGGUCCGUUUGUCUUCAUUUCAUGUUUCCAAUUGGCCAAUAGUUUCCCCAAAAACAGUGGGUUGAUCCUAGCGUUAUUAACUGGAGCUUUUGACUCUUCUCUGGCGUUGUUCUUGGGGUAUAGAGUGAUUUACUUUGGUUGGAAACCUAUCGGACUCGCUCAGUUUUUUACUUAUUAUACCGUUGUGCCGGUGUUCAUUUUCUUGUGUCAGGUGUUCAUCAUGCCUGCAGAAUCCUACAAGACCGUAGGAACGUUGGCGAAGAUUGCUGAAACUGCCAUUGACGAAACAGGUAAACCAUUGGAUAGAGAUUUGCUUUUGCCCGAAGACCGUAAUGAUGAAGAACGCGCGGCCUUAAUAAGAGCUAACUCUUUCAAUAGUACUGGAGCUUCAGCAAAUACUCCACUGACACUGGCAAUUAGCUCAGGUAUUCAAACUCCAGCAGAAACUACUCAAUUGUUACAACAAUACGCUCAAAGAAGAGACUCUGUGAUUCUGAGAGCUUCGUUUACUUCCAAGAGUUCUCUUAAAUCCGUCUAUGAAGAAGUAGCAGAAGACAGAUUAAUCAAUAAGUCCGGUGGUGUAUUUGGUAUAAUGCAUGGGUAUACUCUUUAUGAGCAAUUGAAAUCUCCGUGGUUCACAUUAAUGACAUUAUUUACUACCAUUCAAAUGCUUAGAAUCAACUACUUUGUGGCUACAAUCAAGUCUCAAGAAGAAUAUUUGUAUGGUAGUAUUGAGAUUGCUACUACAAUUAACCAUUUCUUUGAUUUGGCAUUACCCUUAGGUGGGAUUUGUUCCAUACCUUUUAUUGGGUUGGUAUUAGACAAUUUAACUACCCUCACUGUUCUUACAAUACUUACGGUUAUUUCCGUUGCAAUAGGAAUUUUGGGAUUAUUCCCUUGGAUUCAAGGUACCUACCUUGGAAUUAUUCUUUUGGUAUUAUACAGACCUUUUUAUUAUACUGCAGUUAGUGAUUUCUGUGCUAAAGUAUUUGGAUUUGAAACGUUUGGUACUAUCUAUGGAACAAUCAUUUGCUUCUCGGGUGUAUGCAACAUCUUACAACAAUUAUUAGAUGGUCUUACUCACGAAACAUUCAAUAUGAACCCUACACCCGUUAACUUUGUGCUUACGCUUUUAACUGUGGUCUUUGGAGGUUCUCUUUUGUAUUACGUUAGAGCUCAAGAACAAACCUUGAAGAGACGCAAUCUUGAAUUCGAAGCACAAGAUGCCCAAGCCAUUGCUGUACCAAAUUAA